AUGAAGGUUGAAAAAGCACCAAAAGAAGAAAUAAAGGCAGAGAAACCUCCAAAAGAAAAGGAAGAAAAGAAACCUGCCAAAGAAGAAAUAAAAGUGGAGAAACUGCCCAAAGAAAAGAAACAUGUCAAAGAAGAAACAAAGGUCAAGAAACCUCCCAAAGAAAAACUAGGUGUUGAGAAACCUAUCAAGGAUAAGAUAGAAGAAAAGAAACUUUCAGCAGAAGGAAAAUCUGAACAGAAACGCCAAACAGCAAAAAUAGGAGUAAAGAAACCUAAAGAAGAUAUUAAGCCCAAAAGAACAAUCAAGCGGGAGUUUCCAACUGUCCUCAGGAAGCAACAUCUUAAUGUGACAAAACCUGAAACCACUCCAAUCAAGACCAAAAAGGUGGCAGUUGUGAAAAAGCUCGAAAUCCCAGACAAAAACGUCUCCUUAACAAAGACGAAAGUAGUAAAGGCAGCGCCGCUACGAAAAGUUCCUGAGGCUCCAAAAGAAACAGCCAAGCCUUCAAAAGUCAAAAAAGUUGUUGAGGUUCUUAAGGAGAAGAUUGAACCUAUCACUCAGAAAAAAGCAGCUGUUAUUAAGGCAAAACCAGCACCUGCUGAAAAGAAGAAAGAGAAAACUGUCCCGAAGCAGACGGUAAAGGAUAAAGCUAAAGAAGACAGAGUUCUUAAAGAGAGACAGGAGCCGGCAAAGAAAGAAAAACCUGCUGAGAAGGCUGCCAGAGACGAGAAAGUUGAAGAACAACUUUUGGACAGCUUUCCCAUGGAUGAUGACCUGCCGUACUUCCAGUGUUUCUUCCUGGACGAGGACGAGGCUCAGUUUCCAUUUUAUGCCUUCUCACCUCUACACAUUUAACUCCUAGUGUGCAUCUAAUCUGAGGUGGCCUUACUCAUAAUGACAAAGUCCUGUCACACUCCGGGCUGCAGAAACAUGGCAGCACCCGUUCACUGUGUCCAACAAGCGACCAGAGCGGCUGAAAUGUGAAGGACUGUUUUUAUCGUUUUGUUCGCGGGUCUGGUUGAGCUCUAAUUUUGAAUACACAAAGACAGCGUCAUUCCUUUUGAUUCAUUUCCAAUUUCUGCACUCCAGUUAUAUUUUAACUUGAACAACCAAGACUUUUGCAAAUAGUCGGUGCAUAUAUUUAGCUUGCUUUUCAAAUAUAACACAUUUCUUAUAAUCUCACUGAUUUAAAGAAUUUUGUUCUUAAAGGAAAAAAAAAAUCUGAAACAUAGCAGAAUUUUUCUUGUCAUUUUUGCAUGUAAACUAUGGGAUGGAAUGACCCUGCUCUGUAUCCGAAAGCUCCCAGACUCACUGGCAGGAUGAUACCUGCGAUUAAGUCUUAUUUAAUGGAACCAUCUGCACCAAGUGCUUGUUUAAAAGUUGGUGCUACUUUUCUUGAACUCUGGUUUGAGUCCAAGUUUAUUUUGAGAUGGUUUUCACCAUCUGGUCUCUGUAAUUCCUUGACUGACCAAACACAUGACGUCGUUACCAGCUGUACCUGGUAUAUUUGGGGUAAGUAGGUUCUUCUGCCCAGGUAACAUCUAAACACCCUGGUGCUGAGAUGUUCACCGAGGGCAAAACCCGACAUCGAUCAUGCAACAGCAACUGAUUUUCUUAUUUGUUGCUCCCGACUAGCAAUGUUACUGACUGUAUGGUGGAUUCCACGCAGCAACUUUUAAGCGUUUUCUGAGCCGUGGUCCAACUUAGUCCUGGCAACACAGAAAUCCUGAGAUGCUCGCGGAUUGAGCUUCGUCAGCUGCAUAUGGUACAUUGGCUUUUUUUGCACCAUUUGCUGCACAGAAGACAUGAGGCGUGCUCUGAUUUAAGGCACCAGUCCUGAGUCGAAUGUAAAACUCCUUACAGAUUCAGAGGAAAUUCUAGGAACAAGCUCUACGACGGGGCACACGUUGCAGCUCUCCAGUGACUUAAACUGUAAAGGCUGCAUAUUACAGUGAUGUUUAUAAAUACCCACCAGAAAUGUGGUUGGUGUGUUCCUAUGUAAGGGUGAGCUGUCCUGUCGUUGCAUAUUUGCAGGAGGAAUGUGCAAUACUUAGUUAGUGUAAUGAUCCCAUUGAUUUGAUGGUAUCUUUGGCUGUCUUUUAAUAACCUGUGCAUGUUGCGUGUGUGUUUUAUGCUCCCAUAUGUUGAGCCUACAUGACGACUUCCUUUGAAUCACAACCUAAGUAGUAGCAGAAACACGUGAAAUACUGAUGUAAUUUUAAAACAGAAACUCGUGUUGCUCAGAGACAACAAGAAUCUUGAUGUAAAUAGUUUAAUACAUGAAACAGGACUGUUUAUUUUAACUGGAACUAUUACCACCUAAACUGCAUUUUCCCUGCUGUAAACUUAUAUUAUGUAUAAAUUUGUCAGGCCCUCGGUAUUUUUGUCAAUAAAAGCAAUUUGUCAGCAAAACA